UUUUUUUACUUUUAUCUCUUUUUUUUUUAAAAAAAAAAUAAAAUAAAAUAAAAUGAAAUUAUCAUUGAUUUUAUUAAGCAAUGUUAUGAUUGUAUUUGGACAAAUGUUACAAGGUCCAACACAUAAUUAUAAUGUGACCAGUCCUGUGAAUAAUGGACCUUAUGUUGCAGGACAAAUUUUACCAUGUACUUAUCGUCUUUUAUCAAAUGUGGAUACAAAUGGAUUGGAUUUGGCCAUUACUUUACAAGCCAUAGGUGGAUUUACAGUACCCACUCCUUCUAAUAAUACAACCAAUUCAACCAAUAUCGAAAAUAAUAAUGGAACUUAUAUCAUUAGUGAAAAGGCAGAUAUAUCUAGAACAGAUGCUUUUUUUAAACAAGAAGGAAAUUUGACUUAUUUUGAACAUUCGAUUAACUUUAAUAUUCCUACUACUGUCAAGGCUGGGAAUUAUAAAGUUCUCUUUACUGAUCAUUCUACCAAUACGAAUCUUCAAAUUCCUAUCGAAAUUCGUCCUGCUGCUCCUACUCCUUCCCCUGCUAAUGGUGCUUCUCCUUCAGUGGGUCCUAAUCAUUCUCCUGGUUCGAUUUUCACUGCUGAUGCUAAUUCUAACUUUUCUUUCUCUUUUACUCUUUUCUUUGUUUGUUCUUUAUUAUCUUUCGUUUUAUAAUAAUAAAAAUAUUUUUUAAUGCGUCG